AUGGUGGAAAAGUCUAGACAACGCCGUUCGUUAACAUCAUAUCUCUACGCUCGAUGGUCAACACUCCCCAUACCGUAUUAUAUCAACACGCAAUCUGGAGUAAAUGAGGCAGCUGUCCUGGCUGGAAUUGCACGCUGGGAGGCCGACACAUGCCUCACUUUCACGCGACAGUACAGUUUACCCAGAGGAAAUGGUUUGGAGUUCUUCCUUGGGAGCGGAUGCUAUUCAAUGAUUGGACGCGUUGGCUCGUCGUCUCAGCAGAUCUCUAUCGGGUACGGUUGCACGUCGCUGGGCACCGUAACUCACGAAAUCGGUCAUGCUCUCGGCUUCUACCACGAACAAUCUCGUUAUGAUCGGGACUCCUAUGUGACGAUUGUUUCACAGAACAUUCAAAACGGCUAUUUGAGUCAGUUCACGAAGCAAGCCAAGUCAAGCAUGGAAGAUUACGGUGUUGGUUAUGAUGUCGGAUCCGUUAUGCACUACGAUCAGUUUAGUUUCUCUCAAAAUGGUGGGCAAAGCAUUCGAACAGUCGACACAAAUUAUCAGCAAACAAUUGGACAACGAGAAGCGCCAUCAUUCAUGGACGUCAAACGCAUCAAUCUUGCUUACUGCAAUAGUAAGUGGUUCGAGUAA